AUGACUGUGCUCGUGCAGUACCUAUCCCGCAAGGGUCCCCCAGCCUCCCCCUAUCGCCAGCAGUACCUAUCCCGCAAGGGUCCCCCAGCCUCCCCCUAUCGCCAGCAGCCUUUGGCCAAGUUGGUAGCUCCACGAGGACGCUCAGAGCCCAGCUCUGGAGAGCUGAAGCAUCCGACCGUUCCCCACUGCUCCCAGGAGCGGUUACCUGGGCACUCUGUGCCCCUUAUUCCUGUCCGGGCCCAGGCCGAGGACCUGCCACACCGGGACACUUCGCAUCAGUGGUGUCAAGACAAUCCUUCCGUGAUCCUGCAAGCCCUGUCUUCCUUCCGGGAUCAGCAAGCCAGUGCUGUGUGCUCCGAAUUCCAGGGCAUCCUCCAGCUCAGCCACUGCACUGAGCACAAGGACUCUCUGUGGGGCCCAGGAGCAGGAAGUCACCCCUUUGGGGCCCACAACACCCGGCUGUCCCCAGACUCGUGACCAGGGAAGGCAGUGUAGGAGAGCAAGGCAGGGAUGCCUGAGCAGGACAAAGACCCCAGAGUCCAAGGAUUUGAUGAUCACGGAAGGGUCCCCAAGGUCACCAGGGAUGCACCGAGUGCAUUUCGGCCCCUGCGGGACAAUGGAGGCCUCUCUCCCUUCGUGCCCAGGCCUGGGCCUCUGCACACAGUCCUCCAUGCCCAGAGGACAGAAGCCAGAGACAAGCAGAGGCCCCAGACCUCCUGCACGAGCUCAGGCACAAAACGAAACGCCAUCUCGAGCUCCUACAGCUCCACGGGAGGCUUCCCGUGGCUAAAGCGGAGGAGGGGGCCAGCCUCAUCCCACUGCCAGCCAACCCUCAGUUCCUCAAAGAAGGUCAGUGAGAACAGACCUCAGGCUGUCUCUUCGGGUCACACUCAGCGUGCACCAAGGCAGACGCUCGCCCCCAGGAAAGGCUCCCCCAGAUCCCAGGCCUCUAGGCCCUGUGGACGCAAGUUUCCCCUGCUGCCACGCAGGCGAGGGGAGCCUCUGAUGAUGCCACCUCCGUUAGAGCUGGGGUUCCGGGUCACUGCUGAAGACCUGGACCGGGAGAAGGAGGCUGCGUUCCGGCGGAUCAACAGGGCACUGCAGGUUGAGGCCAAGGCCAUCUCGGACUGCAGACCCUCAAGGCCUUCCUACACUUCGUGCUCACCUGCAGCAGGGGCUUCUGGUCUGCCUUCUGUUUCUAAAGCACCCAGUAUGGAUGCACAGCAGGGAAGACACAACCCCCAAGACGGCCUGGGCCUAGUGGCCCCCCUAGCUUCUGCUGCAGGGACCCCCUCCACAGUUCCUGUGUUUGGGAUGCAGCACAGACCACCAGGCCCCCUCCUGUUCGUCUCCUCAUUUCCCCUUCCUCCCAACUUUUUCUACUUCUGGGACUCAGCCCAGGUCCUCUGGCUGUUUGCUCUACCCUUCGGCUCCUCAUUUCCCCUUCCUCCCACCUUUUUCUACUUCUGGGACUCAGCCCAGGUCCUCUGCCUGAUUGCUGCACCCUUCCCAGCUGUAAGCAUGGACGGAAGCAUUUCUGGAGCCAGUUCCAGCCCGCCACCCACGCCCAUGGAAAUUGACAGUAGUGAGGCGGACGGAGCUCGGCAUUCCGUCAGAAGAAACCCUUUAAAGAGAAAGGCCGAUUGGUAA